AUGGAGUGGCUCAAGGACUGCCAUGGAACACUGCCCAUGGGGGAGGCAGUUUGGGGUGGAGCCCACUGCCCCCUGCCAGGCAAGAGAUGCCCCUCUGUGCCCUGCAGUGCCAAGAAGCGAAAACCUGCCUGGACUGACCGCAUCCUCUGGAAGAUCAAAUCUCCCAGUGUCAGUCUUGGUGCGGGUGGGCGCCGGCCCAGCCGGGGUGUUGUGUCAGUGAGCCAGCUCUGCUACUGCAGCCACAUGGAGUACACCAUCAGUGACCACAAGCCGGUAGCUGCCAUCUUUGCGGUGCAGUUUGCUUCCAAGGCAGACAAGCCUCCAGUUGAGAUUUAUGUGGCUGAUGAAUGGAGCAGGCCUGAGCAAGCUGUUGUCAGGUACAAGAUGGCUGCUGGCUUCCACCGGAGCUCCUGGGACUGGAUAGGACUCUACCGGGUGGGUUUUCGGCAUCCUAAAGACUAUGUGUCCUAUGUCUGGGCCAGGACCGAUGAUGGAGAGCGCUGUCUGGAGAAGCAAAUGUGUGCACAGGUGAUGUUCUCAGAGGAGGCGCUGCCCAAGGAGAAGGGCGAGUACAUCCUUGGAUACUACAGCAACACCUCCAGCAGCAUCGCUGGCGUGACCGAGCCCUUCCAGAUCUCCCUGCCCAGGUCGGAGGAGGGCAGCAGUCCCACGGACAGCUCAGGCAGCAGCUCAGAAGAGGAGGAUGACAGCACACUUGUCCUACUGGCCCCCAAAUCCCGUAGCCCCAGCCCAGGCAAGAUGAAACGGCACCGAAGCCGAAGUCCCAGCCUGGCCAAGUUCCAGGGCCUCAUCCUGCGGCCAUCAAGCAGGGAUAGGGGUACAAGCCGCAGCCCUUCACCCCAGAGCCGCCGAGGCCUCCCCGGGGACAUUCCCACCAUCCACCUGCCCCAGGAGGAGCUGGGGUGCCGUGCAGCCAAAGCCAAGGAGCCAGAGCGGGCAGCUGACAGCCUGGAGGGCAGCUCCUUCUACCAGACUGUGCGGGAGUGGGGUGGCCCCUGGCGUGUCUCUGCUGACAACCCCUUGGCCAGGGCUGACCCCAGGAACCUGGGCCUGCUGCCAGCGCUCCGCCUGGAGAUGAUUGACCAGGCUCUGGGCCGACGGAGGGAGAGUGCAGACCAGGGCUACCCCUGCCGGAGGAUGAGUCCCACCAGCCCCCCAGGCUGCAGUACCUCCCCAAAGGAGGAGAGCAGCCCUCAGGAGCUGGACACCCAUAACUGUGCCAUGGGCGACUGAUGCAGUGGCCCCCUUCCCUCUUCCCUGUAGCACCCUUGCUGUGCGCUUUCCUUUGCCACUUUCCUGCUGAGAUGCCCCUCCCUUAUUUAUUGCAGUGACUCCUCACCCUGUUGUGUGCCUGGCAGGUAGGGGCCUCCCACUGCUCCCCGUAGCCUGAGAUGCUGGGCUGGGAAGUGGCAUGGUGGGGGGGCAAGGCUGAUCUAGUGUGGUGGUGGGGAGCCCAUUGUGAAACUCAAAGUGCAAAACCCUUCAGCCCUAUGGGAGAAAUGCUGGCCUUGCACCCAAGGUGGGGCAGGAAGCCAGGCCAAGGUUCUGGUGGCAAUAGUGAUGGGCAUAAAGUGAAGACCCACUCCAGGGUACCCCUGAGAUCAGAUCAAAGCUUGCUCCUUCCCUGUUGCCUCCAUUGUGCCUCAGCCUUGGAUGUAGUGCAAAUGACAAAAUAAACCAUCCUGGCCCACCCCA